AUAACCUGUUCGCCGCAGCUUUUCCGCGUCUUGUUCGGUUUUCCAUCGAGCGAACCCCUUCGUCACCUCCUAUCACGCCUCCACUAGAUGGGACGACCCGUUCGCAUCCCCGCAUUUUCCCACGCGCGCCCCUUGGGUCUCCUUUUCACUCCCCAUACCGAUACGCUUCGGUCUCGUGCGAUGCUAAAAAAAACUCGCGUGUUUGCAGCGCGAUCAAAUAUUCUUCGUCGGAAAAGUUUUCUUUCGUAUUCUGUACCGAAGCCGAUAAUGAUAGGUGUUUCAGGUCCACCUGUCGUGUUCCUGCAGAUUUCCAAUCACCGUUCGUAUUCCCACGCCUCCCCUAUUCCCUACCGUCUUGCAGAGACCGAAAAACUAGUCGAUCCGGGAGUAACGGAGCAAAGAUGAGACGCGAAGUGGCGACCAAGUUCGACCGGUUGAUCGGUUUGAACUUGUCACUGCUGAAAUUUAUCGGAGUGAUUUCGCGUGAGCAACGGUCGCUGGAAAGAAAGGCGUUGGCGUGUCUAGCGUUUCUCUGCAUGACCGUUUACAGCAUUUCUUAUUUGUACAUGUUCUGGAAAAUCAGCAUCGUCCAAACCUUCUCGCUGGUUUUGUCGUUCGUAGGGGGUCAAGCAAGGUUCACGAUCUUGUUGCUGUUUCGCGGCAGCUGUCAGCAAAUGUUGAACGAGUGCGAGCUGUUCUGGUCGGGGUUGAAUUCAAAGGAAAAGCUAAUUGUCGAAAAAUACGUGAAAAAAUCGAAUCGAUUGACCACCUUCUUCUUGUUCACUUGCCUAUUUACCAUUUUCCUUUUCGUGUUGGUCUCUUUGUUCGUGUCCACGCCGUCGGACGACUCGAAAGGGAUGGAUCGCGACGGGGUAAACGUCAGCGACGUUACUCUCGACGUCGACGGUGAAAACGGGCGACGUUUGCCGUACGAAUUUUUCCUAGAGAUUCGUGAAACGCCGUGGUUCGAGAUCGCGUACGUUUUUCAGAUUCUCGCGAUUAUCAGUGUCGGCGUGACGUCCGUCGGAGUAGACACGACCGCUCCCUUAUUCGCGUUGAUCGCUUGCGGACAUUUUGAAGUGAUCCGAUCGAGGAUCGAAAACUUGUUCCCUGCUCGUCGAUCGUGCUCCUCCUCGUCCUCCUCUUCGGGGGCGGACGAUCUUCGGAUUUGUUUGAUUUAUCAUCGAACUUUGCUCGAAUUUUGCAAGGAAAUCGAACGUCGCGCGCACAUAAUAUUUUUGAUUCAACUGGUCCUCAGCACCUACAACAUUUCUCUGGUGGGCUUCAAGUUGGUCGGGGACGACCCCGACAAGUUCAAGUACUUUACGCCGCUGUUGAUCUCCUUGAUGCAGUUGUUCCUGUGUAGCUGGCCCGCGGAUCUUCUUCUCGCGAAGAGCGAAGCGAUCGGCGGUGCUGCCUUCUCCUCGCCUUGGUAUCGACACCCCGUUCCCUUACAGAUGCCGAUUUCCAUGCUGUUGAUCAGAGCUCAGAAACCCGCUCGUCUGACCGCUGGAAAAUUCGUGGUGCUUUCGUUGGAAACGUUUGGCUCGGUAUCUCUUCUUUCCUCUACCAUAUCUUAUGUCUUUUCUAUCACAUCUGCAUAUUUAGUUUCUGUUUCAGAUGAUAUCGACCUCGGUUUCGUUCUUCACCGUCGUGAAGAGCAUGAAUUAGUUUGGCCAUUCACCAGAUUGUAACGCACCUUCCUUAACGUUUGUUUUAACAAAGAGUAACUUACGAUUCAAUAGAAUUGAUCUGCUAUUUAUCUAUUUAUUUAUUUAACGGGCGGGUACCCUUUACAUAAGAGAAGAUCAACACAAGGCCUCCAACGCGCAAAUAAGAGAUUUUUUAUUUUUGUAUUCGAAUCGAUCAGUUCGGAAAGAUGGUAUUCGUGCGGAGAAUGCAGUGUCAGAGGUUGAAAACGUUUUCGAUGUUCUCUUCGUUUCAUUCGUCGCUUGGCGAGACGAAUUUUUCGCGAGGGAACGCGCGCGCUUCGAAUAUUAGCCGAAAGAAGGAAAACCACGUUCUCGUUUCUCGACGACGACGAGGACGAAAAGGACGAGGGUCUCGCGAGAUUCUUCACUCGUCGCGAAACCGUUUAGUUUGUUCGUUAUCGUCGAGAAACUGCGAUUGGCCUCUCUAUCGGCGAUCACGUCUGUCUACCGAUUGAACGAUGAAAUAUCGUAGACGAAAUUAUUGUAAAAAAAGAAAAACGAGGAAGCAGAGGAGAAAGGGAUUUCCUGAUCUGGAUAAAGGAGGCAAAGUGCAACGGGAUCGCGAUAGAGGGGACGUGCGAAUGGAGGUCGAUCCAACGUUUCUUUUAUUCUUUGGCAAUUACGAGUAAAGUGGAUUUUUCUGUAAUCCCGCGAUAUCUCGUCACGAGAUUUCUCCUUCUCCACGACGUUGUCGACGAUUUCGCCUUUUCGCGGCACCGACUUACCGAGGAAACGCAACGCGAAAACGGGAAAAUGGGGAAAACGGAGAGUAAAAGGCUAGAAGAAGGACCGAGGGGAGCACCGGUGGAGCAAAGAGCAGAGAUGCCGGCGAGUGGGUGAUACUACUCCGGAGGCAAUCUUCGCCGGUAGCGGCGGCGUACCGCGAUCCGUUCCUUCUCGAAUUAAUUACACAGGAGAUGGGUGUACCGAGAUAGAGGAGCGUCUGUCGUAGACAGGCCUUCUAUCCCGUUCCAGCCUAUUGUUGGAUAUCUUUGCCUGUUCUCCUCGUUCCUGCAUCGACCGAUACGGAAUCUCGAAGCCGUAUCGAAAUCGUUCGACGAACGGUUACGCUUUCGAACAAGGACGAACGCGUUGCUUUAGCAACAAGUUGCAGCUCGCGUCCGUCUUCUCUGGAGUUUCCUAAAAUCAACAAGUGAAUUCGCUUCCUGCCUGGAAUUUCUAUAUCGCUUUCUACUUUGGCUCCACAGGUGGUAACGGGAGAUAGAAUUCGUGCGAUCCAACCAGGCUGUAAUCGGCGUCGUCCGUCGCGCUCCACCGAGACCGAUCGUCGUUCGUUUGCCUCGUCUCGCGUCGCGUCGCGAAUUCUCCUUUCGCACCAAGCCCGUCCUUCGACUCCUGUCCGUCGAUCGAUCGCCUUUCCUCGCCACUUACGCGACCAAUAGCUGGAAAAAGCCUGGAACGAUGGAAGCGACGGCGACUCGGUUUCUGGUACGUGAUAAAAGCCGGUUUAAUAAAGAGCCGCCUCUGGUACGCGCAUCGAGAAUUCCUCGAAGGGUUUGCGUUCCUUUCGACCUCGAAUCGCAUUCCCACCGUACACCCCCUUAAUCUUAAUCUUGAUCUUAAUAGCAUCCCCCCUUCGACCGUCCCCUCUUUCACUUUGCCGCAUUCUUCGCCGGCAUCCUCUGUCCCCGAAACGAUCCUACACCCUUUGCGUUCGCAUUCGCGUUCGCUCGAUUCGUUGACUCACGAAAGAUUUGUAGAAAUUUUCUAGAAACGCUUGGAAAUUGCAAGGAUAACAGUCGCGAGGACGGAAAGAAGAAACGAAGGAUAGGGCGGGAGAGAUGAAAAGAAGCAUCGGUGGA